GGAUAUGGGGAGAAAGCAGGAACGGGGUACUGAUUGUGGAUGAUCAGCCAUGAUCACAUUGAAUGGCGGUGCUGGCUAGAAGGGCGGAAUGGCCAACUCCUGUACCUUGUCUAUUGUCUAUUUCCGACUACUGUUUAUGGGGUCAAUGAAAGAGCGUUCAGGUUGCAGCCCUGUUUUCACCAAUCUUCCCACCACCAGCACAAGAUGCACAAGAAGAACAAGACAGGCACCAUUGUGCAGAUACAGAGAAGUGUGUUCAGCUCUGGCUGAUCAACGUAUAAUCUUGUGUAUGGACUAGAUAAGAAGAAGACUACAUUUUAUCUCUGUUUGCUUCUUUGAUCUAUUCUUCCAGCUAACAAUGUUCUUUUCUACAUUUGAUCCGCAUCCCCUUUGUCCCGAUUUUACACCUUACACUUCCUUAUCUAUGAGUCUCACUCACUACUGACUUCAGUCUGAAGAACGGUCUCCGUCCGAUUCGUCAUCCAUUCCUUCUCUCCAGAGAUACUCCCUGUCCCGCUGAGUUACUCCAGCAUUUUGUGUCCAUCUUGUUUUCCCCGCGUGAUGUAUUCAGUCCAUUGCCGGUGACCCCAGAUUGGGCGGCACGGUGGCGCAGGCAGCGGUAGAGUUACUGCCUUACAGCGCUUGCAGCACCAGAGUCCUGGGUUCGAUCCCCACUACGGGUGCUGUCUGUACGGAGUUCUCCCUGUGACCUGCGUGGGUUUUCACAUUGUAGGUAUAACUGUCCCCCAGCGAUCACGCCGGCGGGUAAAGAGUAAAGUCACCCGGCAACAAGUGAGCUCACACACAUCUUGAACCUUAUUGGAUAACGUGCAGCAAUCCAUCCAAGUACUUGACACGGGGAGAGGGAAAGUCCAGACACACAGCGGACUGGAGUAGCGAUCACAGCGGACGUUCACUGACGGAGUCUCCUCCUGAACCGAAGUAGGUAUAACUGUCCCCCAGCGAUCACGCCGGAGGGUAAAGAGUAAAGUCACCCGGCAACAAGUGAGCUCACACACAUCUUGAACCUUAUUGGAUAACGUGCAGCAAUCCAUCCAAGUACUUGACACGGGGAGAGGGAAAGUCCAGACACACAGCGGACUGGAGUAGCGAUCACAGCGGACGUUCACUGACGGAGUCUCCUCCUGAACCGAAGUAGGAGAACACACACAACUGAAGACAAGGAGGAGCCCCGGUGCCCAGACCUCUCCCCCCCGGGCAGUGCUGGGACCACUGGAUCAUCACACAGGCGAGACAAGGACAGACAGAGAAGGAGAAUGGGAAAUGCCAGCUCCAGCCAACAGGCGGCUCAGUCUGAGACCUCCACAUUCUUCACACAGGAAGAGCUCAACAAACUGAAGUCCGAGUUCGAAACGGGAGGUGUUGAAAAGAUUAAACCUCUGCUGGAGAAGAAGGUGAAAGAACUGGACAACACCGAGGUGAACAUCGCCGUGACGGGAGACACGGGUGCAGGAAAAUCCACCUUCAUCAACGCCAUGAGAGGGCGUCUUAGCAAAAAUGAGGGAGCGGCUGCGGUUGGGACCACGGAAACUACAAUGGAGCCAACCGGAUACUCACAUCCCACUCUGCCCAAUGUCCGCUACUGGGACCUGCCGGGGAUCGGAUCUACACAAUUCACCGCGGGUUCCUACCUGAAGAAAAUGCAAUUUAAAAAAUACGAUUUCUUCAUCAUAGUGUCAGCUUGUCGAUUCACAGAGAAUGAUGCAAAUCUUGCCAAGGAGAUUAAGCGGCUGGGGAAGGAGUUCUAUUUUGUCCGCUCUAAGAUUGACAAUGACCUUGAUUCAAUGAAGCAGGAAUGGGGGGAAUCUGUUGAAGAAGGCAAAGUGAAGGAAAAGAUCCGGUCUGACUGCGUCAAUAAAUUGGGAAAGGCCGGGAUCCCUGAUCCCACCGUGUUCCUGAUAUCCAGUUAUAAGGAUGAUAUGUAUGAUUUCCCUCUGUUAAUGGAAGCACUUGGAGCUGGUUUACCAAGUGUAAAGGAAUCUGUCUUUAUCCUGGCCCUUCCAAACCUCAGUGUGGAGAUUAUUCGUAAGAAAGGUGAGAUGUUGAAGAAACGUAUCUGGAUGUUGGCGAUCCUCGCGGGAGGUGUGGGAGCGAUCCCGGUCCCGGGUCUCUCUGCCGCCUGUGACAUUGGGAUAGUGAUUGGAGCGAUAAUCAAUUUCCGUAAAUGCCUGUGUCUGGAUGAUGCUGCUCUCCGCAGAUUGGCCGAGAAAACAAGCACACCCGUGGAAGAGCUGAAAGCCGCAGUAAAAUCUUCCCUGCUGGGAGAAAUAACUGUACCAGUAAUAGUAAGGCUGCGUUUGGGGGCAGUCGCCGUUGCUGUUUCAAGCAUCGAAGCCGCUCUUUACUUUGUCCCAGUCAUUGGUUCUCUGUUUGGAGCCGGGUCAUCAUUUGUGAUGACCUACUGGAUACUGAAUGACGCGCUGAAGCUUCUGAUGGAGACCGCAGAGAAGGUGCUCGCUGUUGCCAAAGGCGCCCAUUUAAUCUUCACCAAGGUGAAGGAGUGGAGAUACAUCUGCAAGAAGACCAACUCUCUAGGGAGAUACUUUGCUGCCUUACAUACACCUCUGCUACAGAAAGAACCACCAGCAACCUCUCUGCUUUCCUCUAGGAGAACACACACAACUGAAGACAAGGAGGAGCCCCGGUGCCCAGACCUCUCCCCCCCGGGCAGUGCUGGGACCACUGGAUCAUCACACAGGCGAGACAAGGACAGACAGAGAAGGAGAAUGGGAAAUGCCAGCUCCAGGCAACAGGCGGCUCAGUCUGAGACCCUCUCAUAUUUCACACAGGAAGGGCUCAGCAAACGGAACUUUGAGUUCAAAACGGGAGGUGUGGAAAAGGUUCAACCUCUGCUGGAAAAAAAGGUGAAAGAACUGGACAACACCGAGCUGAACAUCGCCGUGACGGGAGACUCGGGUGCAGGAAUGUCCACCCUCAUCAACGCCAUGAGAGGGCUUCGUAACGACGAUGAGGGAGCGGCUGCGGUUGGGAUCACGGUAACUACAAUGGAGCCAACCGGAUACUCACAUCCCACUCUGCCCAAUGUCCGCUACUGGGACCUGCCGGGGAUCGGAACUCCACGAUUCACCGCGGGUUCCUACCUGAAGGAAAUGCAAUUUAAAAAAUACGAUUUCUUCAUCAUAGUGUCAGCUGGUCGAUUCGCAGAGAAUGAUGAAAUACUUGCCAAAGAGAUGAAGCGGCUGGGGAAGAAGUUCUAUUUUGUCCGUUCUAAGAUUGACGUUGUCCUUGAUUGUAUGCGGAGAGAACGAGUUGAAUUUGAUGAAGUUGCAGAAAUGGAAAAUAUCCGGAGUGACUGCGUCAGUAGGUUGGGAAAGGCCGGGAUCCCUGAUCCCACCGUGUUCCUGAUAUCCAGUUUCAAGAAGAAUAUGUAUGAUUUCCCUCGGUUAAUGGAAGCACUGGAAUAUAGAGAACCCUGUCUUUGUUCUGGCCCAACACAACGUCAGUGUGGAGGUUAUUCGGAAGAAAGAGAUACGAUGGCUUCGUCUUCACAAUCUGUAUACUUCAGUCAGCAGGAAAUCAAUAAACUGCAGACUACAUAUGACCAGGGUGGGCUGAGCAAGUUUGCAACACUGAUCAAGAAGAAAUUGAAUGAUAUAGAAAAUUUAGAGCUCAACAUCGCUGUGACCGGAGAAACAGGUGCAGGGAAAUCCACCUUCAUCAACGCCAUGAGGGGGCUGCGGGGCUGCGAUGACGGUGCAGCUAAAAUCGGGAACAUUGAAACCACAAUGGAGCGAACUCCAUACAAACAUCCCACCUUCCCUAAUGUUUGCUUCUGGGACAUGCCGGGAGUUGGAUCAUCAAAGUUUCCAAUGAAGGAUUACGUGAGAAAAAUGGAAUUUACGACAUACGAUUUUUUCAUAAUAAUCUCACAGAGUCGAUUCACCGAAAAUGAUGCAAAUGUCGCCAAGGAGAUUCAAAACUUGGGGAAGAAGUUCUACUUUGUACGAAGUCAAAUUGACAAAGAUUUCAAUUCUUUCGAACGGCAGGGUGUAUAUUUUGACAGAAUGACGGAACUUGAUAUGAUGAAACAAAACAUAAGUCACGGUUUGACCAAAGCGGGGAUUUCAAAACCCAAUAUUUUCCUGAUAUCAAGCCUUUCCUUAAAUGAGUUUCAUUUUCCUCAGUUAAGGGAAACGCUUUUAAAUAAUCUCGACAAAAUAAAGAAAGAUGUUCUAUUGAUGUCACUUCCAAGCACAACAGUGAAGGUUGUGGAGCAGAAACGAGCCCAGUUGAAGGAACGUAUCUGGAUGUUGGCAACAGUCUCAGGAGCUGUGGGAGCGGUGCCUGUUCACGGAUUGUCUUUCGCCGUAGACCUCGGGAUACUAGUCACUGCAAUAAUAGAUUUCCGCAAAAGUCUCGGCCUGGAUGAUGCCUCCCUUCAGAGACUGGCCAAUAUCUCAAAGAAACAUGUGGCAUUUCUGAAAGCAGAAGUGAGAACCCCACUGGUGGGUGAAAUAAAUAAGGAGUUUGUGAAACAUAUGUUGUUGCAUACCGGUUUUGCUGUUGUUUCAGCGGUGGAAAUGGCCCUUGUCCCGAUACCAAUCAUUGGCUCCAUCUUCGGGGCAGUAUCGUCAUUUGGAAUGACUUACAAUAUGCUGACCAACAUACUGGAUGACCUUGUGGAGAAUGCCCAGAGAGUGGUGAAAGUUGCAUUUGCCACUGACCCUGGUCAUCCACAAUAAAGAAUCCGCUACUGAGUUGCUGCAAGUCAUCGCGGAUACGGGAAUGGAAAAUAAAUAUCAUCUUUCACAUCUUCAUUAAAUUCCAAAUUAUUUUACAGCUGAUGAAUUAUUUUAAAACCUGUUGUCACUGCUGUAAUCUUCACAACCAAUUCACUACAAACACCUUAACCGCACCAACCCGCCGGAGAACAGAAGAUAACUCUCCCGGGGAGACUCAGUGUGACGUUGCCACCGCGUUCAACAAGCUCUCACCAAUGAAACCAUAUCAACAUCUAGUCAAACCUCCAAGGGGCUCGAAUAUUUCACAAAGACGACAUCUUCUUCCAGUCUCCAACGAAUACAGAUCUAACUUCUUCAGUCUUACAUGAGAAGAUGAUCUUCUGAUCCCAGUGGGCUGAGUGUGUUGUCAUGUUCUGUACACUUGGCCAACUAAAACUAUGCACAACAUUCUAGAUAUUCUAGUUACAAUGAUGGCAACAUUUCCCCAUUUCUAAACUCCAACCCCAUUGCAAUAAAAGCCAACAUACCAUUAGCAUUCUUAACCUCUUGUUUCACUGACCCACUAGUCACUUGUACCUAAUGGAUACAAACAUCUACAUAUUUAUGUGCCUCCUUUAUCUACAGACUUUCUCCAUUUAGAUCACAUCCGGAUUUAGAUUUGAAGUGGCUUUGCUCACUCACUCAACCUAUCUACAUCAUUUUGUGGAGUCUAAAUAUCCCCAUCACCCCCUGCCACCCCAGGUAUCUCUCACGUCCUUGACCAACCUGGAUACCUUGUACACUGCUCUCUCCUCUAGACCAUUCACGAAAAUAGAAAGUUACAUUCAGCUCCUUCAGUUGCGUGGGUUUUCUCCGGAGCUCCGGGAUCCUCCACACUCCGAAUAUGUGGUCAUUUGGAGAUUAAUUGGCUUCGGUAAUGAUUGUAACAAUGACCCCAGUGUGUGUAGGAUAGUGAUUGUGUACGGGGUGAUCGAUGGUCUGCGUGGAAUCAGUGAGUCGAAGCGCCUGUUUCCACAAGCUCUCUAAACUAAACUAAACUAAACUAAACUAAACUAAACUAUCAUCUCCUGUAGUAUUGCGUACAGUUUUGGUCUCCUAAUCCGAGGAAAGACAUUCUUGCCAUAGAGGAAGUACAGAGAAGGUUCACCAGACUGAUUCCUGGGAUGGCAGGACUUUCAUAUGAAGAAAGACUUGGCUUGUACUCGCUAGAAUUUAGAAGAUUGAGGGGGGAUCUUAUACAAACCUACAAAAUUCUUAAGGGGUUGGACAGGCCACAUGCAGGAAGAUUGUUCCCAAUGUUGGGGAAGCCCAGAACUAGGGGCCACAGUUUAAGGAUGAGAGGGAGGUCUUUUAGGACCGAGAUGAGAAAAACAUUUUUCACACAGAGAGUGUUGAUUCUCUGGAAUUCUCUGCCACAGAAGGUAGUUGAGGCCAGUUCAUUAGCUAUAUUUAAGAGGGAGUUAGAUGUGUCCCUUGUGGCUAAAGGGAUCAGGAGGUAUGGAGAGAAGGCAGGUUCAGGAUACUGAGUUGGAUGAUCAGCCAUGAUCAUAUUGAAUGGCGGUGCAGGCUCGAAGGGCCGAAUGGCCUACUCCUGCACCUAUUUUCUGUGUUUCUAUGUUUCUAUGUAUCUCUCGUGUCCUUGGCCAUUUGCAGGUGUCCAAUCCAAUAUUAGUCACCAAUAUUAAUGACCUGCCCCAACCCCCCUCCCCUGCACAGAGAACUAUAACAUUUAGUCACCUGACAUAGACACAAAAUGCUGGAGUAACUCAGCGGGACAGGCGGCACCUCUGGAGAGAUGGAAUGGCUGGCGUUUGGGGGUGAGAGACAUAUUUAGACUAGACACCUGACAUUUAACUCCUGAAGCAGCCACUCUGCACUGAGCCGUAUCACCACGGACGAGCUCCACAGAGACAGAACAAACAAUGUAUAAUGUUCUCAAACCCUCCUUGAUUAAAACUUUAAACCUGUCACUGAUUCUGUGGAAUUCCUGGCCCGUGACUGAUGAAAGUGGCGAUAAUUCGGGAUGCUACUGAGAACCUGGAGGCCAAGUGAAAUACAGGAGUGGCCACGUCACAAACUAGCCACCUGCCCAGCCCAUCAAGCGCCACCUGAGGUCCAGUCCGCGGGACCCACAUCCAUCUCAUCAGCCACCGCGUAAACAACAGAACACGAGUGGGAGCAAGUUCUUCUCCAUCUCCAAUGAAGUCUGCGCGUUAAUCUCAGAUUACCGAGCCUGUUCUACACACAUUCUACAGGUUACUGGCAGUCCAGUUCACCUACAGAUUCCUCCCAAAUUAUAACACGCCGGGAGCAGUUCACUCAGUAAAAAUACAGUGAACGAUGGAUGUUUUUUUUAAUCUGUUCAGUGACACAAUUGACAUGAAAUAUCUAUUAUAACCCCACGGUGCCAGAGAUUCGGUCACAGUCUGAGUUUUUCAUCCGAUCUAAUUAUGGAUUGUAAAUCUUUCACCGUUAUUUUGCCAGACAUUAAUUUCUUUAAUUUCUGUGAAACUUCAUCCAAUUUUCUCCACAAAUGUUAUUCCCACUUGUGUCCGGAGCUGGAGAUCAACAAUACAAAAUAACAGGCAAAAAUCCACUCAGGGCCGCCAGUCGCCGUGAAAGAGGAGCAGAGAGAAUUUCCCCUCCACUGACGCUACAUCACCUGAUGAGCUUUUGCAACAACUCCUGUUAUUAACUGCCGGUGACUUUAUUGAACACAGUCCGGUCAGUUUACACUUACUGACAGAGAAGCUAUGGACCAAAGAUGGAGGCUGGUUGAAGGAGUUAACUAAUGAAACCAUUCAGCUUUGUACAGUCGGGCGUGUUUGUACAGUCCAGUCGCUAACUGGACCUCAACGGCCACGGCGGAGUCUCCGGAGCGAGCGGGGAACGAUCUUGCAAGACGAAUCAACUUUGAUCUAAUCACAUAGAGAUAACGGCAAUAAAAUUCACACGGCGGAGACAAGAUCAGAUUCAGAUUCAGAUUCAAUUUUAAUUGUCAUUGGCAGUGUACAGUACAGAGACAACGAAAUGCAUUUAGCAUCUCCCUGGAAGAGCGACAUAGCAAACGAUUUGAAUAAAUAAUAAUAAGUGUCGGGGGUGGUAAUUGGCAGUCACUGAGAUACGUUGUUGAGUAGAGUGACAGCCGCCGGAAAGAAGCUGUUCCUCGACCUGCUGGUUCGGCAACGGAGAGACCUGUAGCGCCUCCCGGAUGGUAGGAGGGUAAACAGUCCAUGAUUGGGGUGAGAGCAGUCCUUGGCGAUGCUGAGCGCCCUCCGCAGACAGCGCUUGCUUUGGACAGACUCAAUGGAGGGGAGCGAGGAACCGGUGAUGCGUUGGGCAAUUUUCACCACCCUCUGCAAUGCCUUCUGGUCGGAGACAGAGCAGUUGCCAUACCAUACUGUGAUACAGUUGGUAAGGAUGCUCUCGAUGGUGCAGCGGUAGAAGUUCACCAGGAUCUGAGGAGACAGAUGGACCUUCUUCAGUCUCCUCAGGAAGAAGAGACGCUGAUGAGCCUUCUUGAUCAGAGUAGAUGUAUUGUGCGUCCAAGAAAGGUCAUCGGAGAUGUUGACUCCCAGGAACCUGAAGCUAGAAACACGUUCCACCUCCGUCCCGUUAAUGUGGAUGGGGGUGUGCGUGCCGCCUCUGGACUUCCUGAAGUCUACAAUGAGCUCCUUGGUCUUCUUGGAGUUAAGGGCCAGGUUGUUGUUAGCGCACCAUGCUGCGAAGUGCUGGACCUCCUCCCUGUAGGCCAGCUCAUCGUUGUUGUUGAUGAGGCCAAUCACCGUUGUAUCAUCUGCAUACUUGAUGAUGGUGUUAGUACCAUGUACAGGUGUGCAGUCAUAGGUGAAGAGGGAGUAGAGGAGGGGGCUCAGCACACAGCCCUGUGGAACGCCGAUGUUCAGGGUGAGGGUUGAAGAGGUGUGCUUGUCUAACCUCACAGACUGGGGUCUGUUGGUUAGAAAGUCCAGUAUCCAGUUGCAGUGGGAGGGGUCGAUGCCCAGGUUACCGAGUUUGGUGAUCAGUUUUGAUGGUAUAAUGAUGUUGAAUGCUGAGCUGUAAUCGAUGAACAGCAUUCUUACGUAAGUGUCUCUGUUGUCGAGGUGGGAGAGGGCGGAGUGAAGUGCCGUUGAGAUGGCAUCCUCCGUACUCCUGUUCUUGCGGUAGGAAAACUGAUAGGGAUCCAGUGUGGGGGGUAGGCAGUGUUGAGGUGUGCCAGGACCAGCCUCUCAAAGCACUUGGUGAUGAUGGGGGUAAGUGCAACUGGGCGGAAGUCGUUGAGGCUUGCCGCAGUGGAGUGUUUUGGCACUGGCACAAUGGAGGUGGUUUUAAGGCAAGUGGGGACAACUGCUUGGGCAAGUGACAGGUUGAAGAUGUCAGUCCAGACGUCUGUCAGCUGCGCAGCACAGGCACUGAGCACGCGCCCGGGGAUGCCGUCAGGGCCAGCAGCCUUACGUGCAUUAGUCCUACUCAGUGCCACGUACACGUCGUAGGGGGUGAGUGUGAGGGGUUGGUGAUCGGCAGGUAGUACAGCCUUGAUGGCUGUUUCUAGAUUGUCCCUGUCGAAGCGGCCAUAGAAGUGAUUAAGCUCCUGAAGGAAGGAGGCGUCGCUGGAUGUGGGGGUGGUGUUGGAGGGGUCACAGUUCCAGAACUAGGGGGUCACAGUUCCAGAACUAGGGGGCCACAGUUCCAGAACUAGGGGUCACAGUUCCAGAACUAGGGGUCACAUUUACAGAACUAGGGAGUCACAGUUCCAGAACUAGGGGGGUCACAGUUCCAGAACUAGGGGUCACAGUUCCAGAACUAGGGGUCACAGCUCCAGAACUAGGGGGUCACAGUUCCAGAACUAGGGGGUCACAGUUCCAGAACUAGAGAGUCACUGUUCCAGAACUAGGGAGUCACAGUUCCAGAACUAGGGGGUCACAUUUCCAGAACUAGGGGUCACAGUUCCAGAACUAGGGGGUCACAGUUCCAGAACUAGGGGUCACAGUUCCAGAACUAGGGGGUCACAUUUCCAGAACUAGGGGUCACAGUUCCAGAACUAGGGGUCACAGUUCCAGAACUAGGGGUCACAGUUCCAGUACUAGGGGGUCACAGUUCCAGAACUAGGGGGUCACAGUUUAAGGAUAAGAGGGAAGACUUUUAGGACCGAGAUGAGGAAAACAUUUUCACACAGAGAGUGGUGAAUCUGUGGAAUUCUCUGCCACAGAAGGUAGUUGAGGCCAGUUCAUUGGCUAUAUUUAAGAGGGAGUUAGAUGUGGCCCUUGUGGCUAAAGGGGUCAGGGGGUAUGGAGAGAAGGCAGGUACAGGAUACUGAGUUGGAUGAUCAGCCAUGAUCAUAUUGAAUGGCGAAUGGUGCAGGCUCGAAGGGCCGAAUGGCCUACUCCUGCACCUAUUGUCUAUGUUUCUAUGUUUCUAUUACAGGCACAGCUAGCUGAAUUAAAGAUAGAAUGUAAACCAGGCUGAAGGUUAUAAAUCAUGAGAUAAGAAAAGUCACUUUUGCAAGACAAAUGUGAACAUGGUUUACGAAUGAACAAGGGGUAGGAAGUUGAAGGACCAUCACUAAGUUAAAGAAGGUGCUGGGUAACAUUUUUAC